GAAGAGGAGGAGGAGGAGGAGAAUAAGGAGGGGGAGGAAGAGGAGGAGAGCCGAGAUUGCUGGGCGGCCGGUGGCGGCGCUGGAGAGGACGCGAGCCCGCAGCAGCAGCAACAGCCGCCGCCGCCGUCGUGGCGCUAGAGCGAGGAUGAAGCCGGCGGGCCCUGGAGGCGCCCCCGCGGCCGAAGGAGGCGUCGGUGACGGCCAGGCUCCCGGGCUGCCUCCGCUCUCCUCUCCUCCCGCCGGCCCGGCGUGGGAGCAAGUGGUGCACUCGCGCUCGCAGGCGCUUUUCCGCGGCGGCAGCAGCAGCAGCAGCAGUAGCGGUGGCAGCCCAGUGCUGGGCGACGCCUUGAAGCUGCUGGUGCCCCGCUCGACGGCCUUCAUGAGCUCGGAGGCCGAGCUCUGGGACUUCCUCUGCAGCCUCCGGCACGAGUUCUCGCCGGUCAUCCUCCGCAGCAAGGACGUCUACGGCUACGCCUCGUGCCGGGCCGUCGUGCCGGACUGGCCCCGCGGCUGGCCGCAGGACGAGGAGGACGACGAGGAGGAGGCGGCCGGCACCAGCAGGAGAAGCAGGAGAGGAGGAGGAGGAAAAGCCCCGGCAGCCGCCGCCGCCAACAAGAGGAAGCGCCCGCCGGCCGACGCCAAGAGCCGCCGGGGAGGAAGGAGCGCAAAGCCAGCGGCCAAGAAGCCCAAGGAGGACGGGCUGAUUCCGCCCCGGAAGCUCUGGGCUUGCGAGAAGCGGCCAGUCCCGGCCCGACGGACCCCUUCGGAUCCGGAGCCCCUUCCCGAUCCUCCGAUCCCGGCCGAGAUCCCGCUGUCCGCCUUCCCUCCGAUCAAGGUCCGCGGCGACAUCUGGGAGCGGCGCAGCUUGGAAACCGCCCGCCGCCGAGCGCAACGCCUCUGGCGGGUCGACCUGGCGCCCGUGGUGAAGUUGCGCCGCAUCCCGACCUCCUGGUGGGAGAAGACGGCUUAGGAGGAGGAAGAGGAGAAGGAGACAGAAGGAUAUUGUCUCACUUGACAGUGCUUUAACAGAAGGGGGCCCCUUGGAGGUCAUCUAGACCAACCCGCCUGCCCUGCAUUGGAGGAAGUCAUCUAGUCCAAUCCCCUCUACUGGGGGAUUCGAACUGCUGAACUUUAUGUUUAUGACUCUUAACCCCCCAUUCAGAAGACCUUUAGGAGACACGUGUCCAGCCGCCUGUUUACACAAGUCCCUGGUUGUUGUUGUUUUUGGUCUGGAUGGCGUGGUCCUCUCUUUUCUUAUUAUUAUUAAUUUUUUAAGGACACGGGGCGC